GGGUUUGCGUGGUGACGUUAAUUCUAUAUGAGCGCGAGCGGCGGGAGCUCGGGUCUUUUUACCGCCAGCCGCGCGGGCGCCUCCUCCUCGCUCCUGAGUCACCGCCAGACCCGGCCCGCGCAGGGUUUGAAAUCUAGGAGAAUGGCAGACAUAGACAACAAAGAACAGUCUGAACUUGAUCAACAGGAUAUGGAAGAUGUUGAAGAAGUAGAAGAAGAAGAAACUGGUGAAGACGCCAAUAGCAAAGCUCGGCAGUUGACUGUACAGAUGAUGCAAAAUCCUCAGAUUCUCGCAGCCCUUCAGGAAAGACUUGAUGGUCUGGUAGGCACAUCUACAGGCUAUAUAGAAAGCUUGCCUAAAGUUGUUAAAAGACGUGUGAAUGCUCUCAAGAACCUUCAAGUUCAGUGUGCACAGAUAGAAGCAAAGUUCUAUGAGGAAGUUCAUGAGCUGGAAAGAAAGUAUGCUGCUCUCUAUCAGCCCUUAUUUGACAAGCGAAGUGAAAUCAUCAAUGCAAUAUAUGAACCUACAGAGGAAGAAUGUGAAUGGAAAGCAGAUGUUGAAGAGGAAAUUUCAGAGGAAAUGAAAGAGAAAGCCAAGCUUGAAGAGGAAAAAAAAGAUGAGGAAAAAGAAGACCCUAAAGGAAUUCCAGAGUUUUGGCUGACAGUAUUCAAGAACGUGGACUUGCUAAGUGAUAUGGUUCAGGAGCACGAUGAACCUAUCCUGAAACACUUAAAAGAUAUAAAAGUGAAGUUUUCAGAAGUUGGACAGCCUAUGAGUUUCACAUUAGAAUUUCAUUUUGAACCAAAUGACUACUUCACAAAUGAAGUAUUGACAAAGACAUACAGAAUGAGGUCAGAGCCAGACGAUUCUGAUCCCUUCUCCUUUGAUGGACCAGAAAUCAUGGGUUGUACAGGUUGCCAAAUAGACUGGAAAAAAGGAAAAAAUGUUACUUUAAAAACCAUUAAGAAGAAGCAGAAACAUAAGGGUCGUGGAACAGUUAGAACAGUGACAAAAACUGUUUCCAAUGAUUCUUUCUUCAACUUCUUUAGUCCUCCUGAAGUUCCUGAAAGUGGAGACCUGGAUGAUGAUGCUGAGGCAAUCCUUGCUGCAGACUUUGAAAUAGGUCAUUUCUUGCGUGAACGUAUAGUCCCCCGAUCAGUAUUGUACUUCACAGGAGAAGCUAUUGAAGAUGACGAUGAUGAUUACGAUGAAGAAGGUGAAGAGGCAGAUGAUGAAGAGGGGGAAGAAGAAGCAGAUGAAGAAAAUGAUCCUGACUAUGACCCCAAAAAGGAUCAAAACCCAGCAGAAUGCAAGCAGCAGUGAAGCAGUGUGUAUGUGGCCUUGAGGAUUACCUGCACUGUAAUAGCCUAAACACAACUAUUAGUUACUUACAGCCUUAUGUUUUGUAUCUUGGUAGAAUUAAGUAACCAAUUUCUUUAAAAAAAAAGAAAUCAAACACAUAAGAACCAGUUUAAAAUGUAGGUUCAAUCUACCUAGCAUUUUAACAGUAUAAUUUUCUGCCAAUACGUAGAAUGCAGUAAAUCCCCUAAAGCAUGAAUGUUAAUUCAUUGCUACAUAGUUUGGUUCUUGUGAAGUCUUUGUCAUGUAGCUAUUAGACUGCAGCUGUGAAGAUUAUCAGAACUGUUAACUGAGACCAAUAUUUGUUUAGAGAAAACUUCUCUCCUGAAGAACCAACCAAAGUAUUUUUCAGCCCAGUAGUCGGAACGGGUUUAAGUCUGCUUGCACUAGCUGUGCCUUCAUUACUUUGUUAUAGAACUGGCAGUGACUUGUACUAACUAGGAGAUGAUGCAUUUUGAAUUUGACUACUUCAGAAGAUUGGUAUAACUUGUUUAAUUUCCAACGAGACCACAUUAAACAUUCAUAACUGUCAGCUUGUUUAUGCUAUGGGUUUUGUAUUUUAUGUGACAUAGUGAUCUACAAAAGAAACCUAGUCAUCAUAUUAAGGUUAUUGUUUACCACUGGGGUGUGAAUAAAACCUAGUAUUUUCAGAAGCUAGUCUUGUUUUAUUAUGAUGUGUGUAUCUGCAUGUAAGGCAUAUCUUUCAUGCUGCAGUUCACUUUCACUAGAAAAAAACGUUGAGAGUUACUGAGAAGUAAAUUAUAUAGCAUUUUAAAACCAAACACAAUAGUUUGGAAAGUUUGAGCCAUACUUUCCGCUUGCAGUGUGAUACUUGUGAAUCUGAGCUAGAUGUUUCAGUGAUUGGUCAACACUGCCAUUUUGGAGAAGACAAGUCUUUUGAAGUGGGGCUAGAUCUGAUAAAGGACUUCAGUAUUGCUGUGCCUGACUCUAGGGCACUGGUCAUUAGUAUGAAUUCUGGAGCCAAGAAAGGUGCCUUGGAUUUCUGUGUAGACAGAGCUGGGUUGUCCUGAACAAAACCUGCCCUGCAACCUAAGGGAGUGCUAGAACACUUAGCUGUAUUCUACUUUGUACUCACUGUAUCAAGCAUCUACAGAGGAGAAAACAAAUCCGAAGGGAAUCAAUCCCCUCUUCUCACCCAAAAUUUUGUUCACUUUUAUAUCUGUGUGUUCUGGUUCAUACUUUGUCUGUAUUGAUGUUCAUUGUCAGUUAGAACAUGGGCUAGAUUUUUCUCAUGCUAACCUUAUCUGUAGUCUAGCAGUGGAGGUGCUGGUGUGAUGUGGAUUUGAAUGCCUUCAGCUUGAAGAAACUAUGACCCAAUGACUUCCAUUUGAGUUUUUCCAGUCAAUAAGAUGCUACUGUAUUCUGUGUCGUCUUGUCAUUCAUGUAACUGUAGAAGUUCUGAUCUUCUAAGCAAGUACCCAGAUAACUUUCUGAGGGAUGGGAAGGUCCUUGAAGGACUGGAAAGAAGGAUCCAGCUAGCAUGGAUCCAUUUUUGCAGUGACUGCUCUUUUCUUUUUCUUGCAUUUCUUUUUGUUUGUUUCCUUCCUUGCCACUGGUACAUGGACUUAGCUGUAAAGGAUUAAAGGGCUGAAAAGAGUAGGGCAAGCAGGAGGCAACAGCUGCAUGAGGAUAAGGCUGGUGGAAGAGUUUCUUUAGUAUGUCUCUUGGUUGGAGCGUAAGUAAUACAGAAUAAAGCUUAUCCCAAGUGCCCUUCUUGAAUCCUCAGCCCCCGUGAAAGGAAGAGGGUUGAAUAUGCCCUGACUAAACUGAUUUUUAUCUUCGGUUUAAUUCCUUGAAGGCUCAAAUACCAUACUGCUUCAUUUCAGAAUCCCUGUCAGGCUUCAUCUUUCUCCUGUCCAUGGACUUGGGAGCAGGAGCUCUUGCCACCUAUAGCUGUGUAUAGAACAGUACUGUUGAAGUUCUGCUCUUAGGUGUUUGUUUUUUUUAGGUAACGCAUAGAUCAUAGUGUUGAAAAAUAGAGAAAUGAAAAGUUAACUUCACACUCUAUGGUAGUUGUGUUCUUAUGGUACAGAUCCUGAUUCUGCCAGUUUGUGUUUCACUUGGUCUCUUCUCUAAAUGUCUCCAGGGUUAAGCUUAAUCUUAAAAUUCAGGGCAUGGGAAGACCAAACUGAUGGUAUGUUAUGAGCUUGAACAGUCAUUAAUAUGGGGCUUUGGGGUUCAUACUUUUUGACAUGAGAAGUCUCUGAAGUCCUUACUUAGAUCUAGCCCAUUUUUACUAACAGCAUCUGGCAAAUGUAUCUUAAAAAGAGAAAGCACUGUUGAAAGUUAUCCAAUGAAUUUCAAAAGUCACUGUUAGGAAAUUUUCGAUGGCUUUCUCAUUUAAUAUCUUCAUAUCAUACAAUGGGAUGCAGUAUUUGAAAAGGGGAGUUUGUAGUUGUCAAAGGUCACCUGCAGCCUGCAAGAUCCAGAGCCAUGAAUCCAUCUCUGUCAACAGAUUUUUGGUAAGCUGCUCUCUAGAUUGACUUGCUAGUUCUCAAUCAGCAGGUCUUGUGCUCUGCAGACUGCAGCAAAAGGAAGGUUAUAAUCAUACAAAAUAAGGUGCCAGUUCUUACGGUGUCAGUUAAAUAAAAACUGUUUUGGUGCUUAACGUAGUUUUGUGCUCAAAGACAUUUGUUUAGCAAUUCUGAAAGGCAGUAUGUAGCAGGAACAUUAAACUUUCAACAUUGA